UAGCAGUUUCUGGGUUGGAGAGAAAGAGGGGAGUCGGUUAACCUUGGGGCCAUUGGCACCACAGUUCUAUACCUCUCCACCUCCCACUCGUUCACUUGCGCUCAAGAUGGCUUUGAGACUCGCUGGAUUCGCCAAACUCUCGCAGGUCGGCGUCCGCCUGCAGAGCACAGCCGCCGCACCAACCACCAAAUUGUUCAUAAAUGGCCAGUUUGUUGAGUCCAAGACCAAGUCGUGGGUCGACCUGCACAAUCCAGCGACCAAUGAGGUGAUCACAAGAGUGCCCAACUCGACUCAGGAUGAAAUGCAAGCUGCCGUGGACGCGGCCAAGGAAGCCUACAAGACGUGGUCCAAGACCUCCAUCCUGACGCGCCAGCAGGUCAUGUUCAAGUACCAGGACAUCAUCAGAAAGAACAUGAAAGAGUUGGCUGAAAGCGUCACUGUGGAGCAAGGAAAGACCUUGGUGGACGCUGAAGGCGAUGUCUUGCGCGGCCUACAGGUUGUCGAACACUGCUGCAGCAUCACCUCUCUGCAGCUGGGCGAGUCUCUAAAUGGAAUCGCGCGUGACAUGGACACCCACUCUUACCGCACUCCACUCGGCGUUACCGCUGGCAUCGCUCCCUUUAACUUCCCUGCUAUGAUUCCUCUUUGGAUGUACCCAACUGCCAUUGUGUGUGGUAACACUUUUGUGAUGAAGCCCUCUGAGAGGGUUCCUGGCGCUUGCAUGAUGCUGGUGCAGAUGCUCAAGGACGCUGGCUGUCCUGACGGCGUGGUCAACGUUAUCCAUGGCACCCAUGACUCAGUCAAUUUCAUCUGCGAUAAUCCUGACAUCAAGGCCAUUUCCUUUGUUGGAUCUGACCAAGCCGGCAAGUACAUCUACGAGCGUGGGUCAAAGAACGGCAAGCGCGUGCAGAGCAACAUGGGUGCCAAGAAUCACGGUGUGGUGAUGCCUGACGCCAACAAGGAGAACACAUUGAACCAGCUGUCGGGUGCCGCCUUUGGAGCUGCUGGGCAGCGCUGCAUGGCCCUCAGCACUGCUGUCUUUGUCGGCGAAGCAAACAACUGGCUGCCGGAGCUGGUCGAGCGCGCCAAGAAACUCAAAGUCAACGCAGGACAUGUUCCCGGAACGGACAUCGGACCUGUCAUCUCCCCCCAGGCCAAGCAGAGAAUUAAUGGACUCAUCCAGUCGGGCGUGGAUGAAGGCGCUAAACUGAUUCUAGACGGCAGGAACCUUGUGGUUCCAGGAUACGAAAAAGGCAACUUUGUUGGACCCACCAUCCUCACCGGUGUCACACCGAAGAUGAAAUGCUACACAGAGGAGAUCUUUGGCCCUGUGCUGGUUUGUCUGAGCGUGGACACCCUGGACGAGGCUAUCAACCUGAUCAACAGCAACCCUUACGGCAACGGCACAGCCAUCUUCACCACCAACGGCGCCACUGCUCGCAAAUUCACUCAGGAAAUCGACGUUGGCCAGGUGGGCGUGAAUGUGCCCAUCCCUGUGCCCCUGCCCAUGUUCUCCUUCACUGGAUCAAGAGGGUCCUUCCUUGGUGAUUGCCACUUCUAUGGCAAGAUGGGUAUUAACUUCUACACGGAUGUGAAGACAGUGACCCAGUUGUGGCGCGAGAGCGACGUGACCCACACCCAGGCAGCCGUGGCUAUGCCAGUUAUGCAGUGAAUUUGAGUGAAUCGAUCUGAUCAGUGUGCCAUGCUCACUCUAAUUUUGCGCACAGGGACUAGAGUUGAAUCAAACACACAACAGUUGUUGCCAUAUAUUAAAAGAAUCAAUAAAUUGGAAAAAUGUAACACGAUUUACAGCUGGACUGCAGGUCCCAAGUCUUCCAAGAAAAUAAAGAUUUAUAAAUAUUUUUGUUAACUGAAA